GCGCACGUGAUCUCGUUCACAAUCCCCUUCCUCUACUAUCUAUGGAGCUAGCUAGCUAGAGAGAUGAGUUCUAGUGAAUUUCCAGUGACUGUGUUCGAAGCCAUUAAAGCCUACCUUGACCAGGCACCCACCUAUCAUGUGGCUGUGGAGGCUAUCCUCAUUGCUUGGAUCUGCUAUCUACUCCUCUUCUCAAAACGCUACCGUCCACAAUCAAAACACGACAAGCUCUCCAAGGAGGAAGAGGACGAACUGAUAGGAGAGUGGAAUCCAGAGCCGCUGGUACCUGAUGGUUACCCGUCAGAUAGAGAGGUAGACCCCUCCCCCAUAGUCACAGGGACUGCUGGGGCCCACAUCACUGUCAAUGGUAAAGAAUGUCUCAACUUGGCCACGCUCAAUUUCCUGGGUCUGCUAGAGAACAGCACAGUCAAGGAGGCUGCUGCUAGGAGUAUUCAGAAGUAUGGAGUGGGCUCUUGUGGUCCUAGAGGGUUCUAUGGGACAGUUGAUGUCCACCUCGAACUAGAAAAGCGACUGGCUAAGUUUACUCAGAGAGAAGAAACUAUUUUAUACUCGUACGGAUUUGCUGCAGUCUCUAGUUGCAUUCCAGCCUACUCCAAGAGGCGUGACAUCAUCUUUGUUGAUGAGGGCGUAGCCUUCUCCAUUCAGAAAGGCCUUGUAGCCUCACGCAGUAAGCUCAAGUACUUCAAGCACAAUGAUAUGGCCGACCUUCAUCGACUACUGGAAGAGCAAAGAAAGCUCGACGAAAAGAAUCCUGCCAAAGCAAAAGUCACUCGCAAGUUCAUGGUGGCCGAGGCUCUUUACUACAACUGGGGAGAUCUCGCCCCACUACCCAAAUUGGUUGAGUUCCGUAACAAAUACCGAAUCCCCCUUAUCCUGGAUGAGAGCGUGAGCUUCGGAGUGUUGGGAGCUACAGGACGCGGGGCAACGGAACACUUUGAACUUGAUCCUGAGGACGUUGACAUUAUGUGUGUAUCCCUGGACAUGGCGGUGGCUAGUGUGGGAGGCUUCUGUGCGGGCAAGGCCUACGUCAUUGAUCACCAGCGAUUGUCAGGACUCGGUUAUUGCUUCUCAGCCUCUGUGCCUCCAAUGAUGGCCAGUGCCGCCAUAGAGGGGCUCAAUAUCAUGGAGGGAGACGGAAGCAUCUUCACACGUCUGCGUGCUAAUGCCAAGAAAAUGAGAGAGUUACUUUUUGGUGUGAGCGGUGUGGAAGUGUGUGGAUUGGAGGCGUGUCCUGUGAUUCACCUCAGGGUGACCACACCCACUUCCUGUCAAGAGAGCGACCAACAGCUACUGCAAACCAUUGCUGACGAGUGUAUCGCGAGUGGGGUUGCCAUAGUCACGGCCAAAUAUCUGGACGAGGAGUACCAGAAACCACCUCCAAGCCUUCGUCUGACAGUGUCCAGCGAACACACAGAGGCUGAACUAACGACAGCAGCCGGGGUGAUCAAACAGGCCAUUGCCAAACACAUACUAGCCAGCUAGCUAAAGUAACCACGUUGGAGACACUAGUUGGCACAAGUAUAGUGCUUUUAAUACCAUGUUGUAGUACGAUAACAGUACAUAAUUAUAGUGUGAUUGACUGUUACUUUUAUAAUGACUAUAUUUUCAACAUCAUA